CCUUGCGUCUUUUACACUUCCGUCAGCCGAGUUCGUUAGUUUCAGUUGUUACCUGUUGCUAUGGUUACCCCAACUCGGACUAAACGCCUAGGGGUCUUGUUGCCAGUCGGACACUUUUAGCUGUUGCACACCGUUGUCAGUGAGCAACAUGGCUACAGGAUUUUUGCUCAAUCGUGCUGCACAAACGUUGGGAGUCCACUGUCAAAAUGUGUGCAGGAAUGUCACUUUGACCCAAGUGAGAGGGAAAAAGCGAUGGAUGAAAGCUUAUGUAUAUCUGAUGGCGAAAAAGCUAAGGCUUGAAGGACCUCCGCCGCCUAAACCACGCUCACAGAAGCCUAACUGGGAUUACCAUGCAGAGGUCAAUGCUUUCCAAACCCGCCUUCAUGAGAAUUUCUCAUUGGAGCUUCUUAAAAGGGCUUUUGUCAAUCCGUGUUAUUUGAAGGCUGAGAGUGAAAGAAGACAAGGAUUGGGUGUGGACACUGAGUUGACCGCUCUUACGCUAGAAGAUAAUAUUGAGCUUAGUGCCAAAGGAGAAGCAUUCGCCAAAGUGUUUGCCGCUGACUGGUGCAGGGCCAGCUUCCCCAGCCUGCCCAAUGAAGGGGUGCAGAGUGUUGUAGAUCAUCUCACUGGUGUACGCACUGUCACCUACGUUGCCAGAAGACUAGGAAUUGAAGACCUCACCAUGAGUGCAGAAUUUCCUAUUCCAGAUGAGGUCCUCUAUUCUACUUUCAUGGCAGUGAUAGGAGCACUACAGGAGAGCAGCGGUGCAGAACGUGCAGGCUUUUUUCUCAGGGAUUUCCUAGUUACUCAGAUGAUUGGAAGGGACUUGUUUGAUUUAUGGACUGUUGUGAAUCCUAUGGGCCUUCUGACAGAGGAGCUAACAAAAAGAAAUAUUCCUCUUCCUGAGCCCCGUCUGAUUAGGUCUGCAGGAGCCAGCACAGUCCUUCCUCUGUACUUUGUUGGCUUGUACAGUGAGAAGAAGCUUUUGGCUCAGGGUCCUGGAGAGACGUUAGCUGCAGCUGAAGAGGAGGCCGCUCGAGUGGCUCUGAGGAAGAUAUACGGCUUCAGUGAAAACCGGAAACCUAUUAACUUCUCUCCUCAAAAAGAGCAGCAGACAACAGUUCAGGCAAUCAGUAGCAAUUAAGAUUUUAUUUUCUAUAACAGUUUUUGUCUGACUUCUUGGUAUAUUUAAUCCAUACCUCCCAUGCACUGUGUAAAUACUUUAAGGAUUUUCUGAUGUAAAUAGAAAAUAAAAAUGUCAUGGUAAUCA